AUGGCUGAAGAAGCAAAACAAGAAUGUAGUAUCUGUUGCGAAGGCUAUUUAAAACUUCAAGAAAUCACUUCUGAGUGCAAGCACAAUGAUGCCUGUCCUGUUUGCAUCAAACGACAUAUUGAAGCUGAGUUGAACAGUAAAGGAGAUAUUGUUCAAGUGCGAUGUCCAAAAUCUCGUUGCACAACAGAGUUGACUUUUGAUGAUGUGAGAAGAUUGGCAACAAAAGAAUUAUUUGAAAGGUAUGACACAUUGUUAUUACGCAAUGCUAUCCGUAAACUUCCUGAUUUUCGUUGGUGCAAGGCUCCAAAGUGUGGUUCUGGUCAGGAGCAUACAACUGGAGAUAGAUUACCCAUAAUGACUUGUAGUGCUUGUAGCGCUAAAUCCUGUUUCACUCAUGAUGUUCCUUGGCAUCAAGGCCUGACCUGUGCACAAUUCACCGAGCAACUAGAAAGCAAAGAUUAUACUGCCAAUCGUGCCUAUUAUGAACGACUUACGAAACAAUGCCCAAGUUGUCAAAUGUCUAUCGAGAAAAAUCAGGGAUGUGAUCACAUGAGUUGCCGCUGCGGUUAUGAAUUUUGCUGGCUUUGUCUUGGUGAUUACGAAAAUAUUCGUAACAAUGGUAAUCAUUAUCAUGCACCCACUUGUCAAUAUUAUGCAGCCUACAAUUCAGAAGAUGAGCAUGACAUGCCCAACAUGUCAGAAAGACCAAGAUUCAAGGAGGGUUUAGCUAAAAUCAAAGAUGAGGAUCUUUUCAAAGAAAUCAACAAAGUUCCAUUAUUUAUGACUGAGCUACUCGAGGAUGAAAGAGAAGAAAAUGCAGACUUUAAUCAAGGAAAUGAAUGUUUCAAAUCUGGCAAAUUGCAUUAUCAAGAUGCAAUAAAUUUUUACACUAAAGCAUUAGAUACUGAUUGCAAAGAUAAUAAAAUGAUUGAAGCUUGUUUAACUAAUAGAGCUGCCAUAAAUUUGGAAUUAUUUUUAAAUGAUUGUGCAAAGGCAUUAAAAAUCAAUCUUAAAAAUACCAAAGCAUUUUAUCAAUCCGCAAAAGCUUUAUAUAUGCUUGAUAAAUUAGAUGAGGCUUUGGGUUGUUGUGAUCAUGCACUUUUGUACAAAGAGUCAGAUUUUGUUGCAGCUCUUAAUGAAGACACUACAUUUCUUGAUUAUUUAGAAGUAAUUUUUGAAAAUCCUGCACCUAGAGGGACAUUGAUGGCAAAUAUACAAGUGACAAAAUCUUCAGGGCAUUCUCAAGAAAAUGAACAAAAAAAUACAUCUCAAUCAGAAACUAACAAAGAAAUAGAAGAAAUAGAAUCUAUUAAUACAAUCAAUGAUAAUAAAAACAUUUUAAUUGAAGAUGUUGAUAUGAAUGAAAGUAUGGGAAAUAAUGAUAGAGAUUUUAUUGUUAUCACAAAACAGACUACAUACAUAGCAGUGGCUCCUUUGGAAAAAAUUAAAGGUAAACACCCUCGUGAAAAAAUCAUCAAUAUAGGGAUAAUUUUUGCUAAAACUGCAGGUUAUACUGGAGCCUCUACUCGAACCAUCAACAAAAAAAAAUACAUAGCAAUUUUUUUUGAUAACCAAACUGAUCUCAAUUUAGCAAUUGGAACACCAAUUCAAAUUUCUGAAAAUAACUUGCAAACACGUGGUUUAUAUCAACAUGCUUUUAUUACUUUUGCAGAAAGCCAAAACAUACAAGAAUUUCACACAAAAACAUGGUCUGUAUACAUUCUCAAAGACUCUACUCGUGUUAUUCCUCUGACGUUAGAUGAAGAACAGAGGAAUAAUAGAAGAAUUUACAGUAUUAAACUCUCUGACUUUCCUACAGGAACAUCUGCAAGAGACUUGCAUGAUAUUAUUGCUGCACCCGAACAAUUACAAGAAGAUACCAAAACUUGUCAUAUAUGUGGAUCACCUGAUCACAUUGCUAAAAUAUGUGGCCGUAACAACAGAAAUAAUAACAACCCAAAAGAAAAUAAAAUGAAAAAAUUAUACAGUAAAUUUAGACUUACCCAGCAUCGUAAAUUGCCCAAAUCAUAUGCUGAAGUGGCCAAAGAUAAAAAUAUCUCUAAACAACAUAUCAACAAUGGGGAUGAACAAAAUACUUUAAAAAAUGGUACUACAUCUGGAGGUUCAAUGCAUGAAAAGAAAAAUCCAGAAUUACACUCUAUUCUUUCAGAAAUCCAAAAAUCCUUAAAAAUAUUAACAUCACAAGUAGAUGUUUCUUCUGAUGAUACAAUCAACCCAGACAACAAAUCAGAAAAAGAACUACAAAAAGAAACACAAAGUAUCAAAAAUACACAGGAUAAAUUAAUCCAAGGAAUAAAUGAAAUGCAGACACAACUAAAAGAUGUAUUAGAAGUUUAUGGAAAUCCUAAUCCAAAUAACAACGACAAUUUAUAUGGUUACAAUUUAGUUGACACAAUUGAAUAA